CAAUGUCACAUGAUCUUUCAGCAAUCAUUCUAAUAUGCUGUUUGCUUUUUAUUAACAUUCAAAAAAGAUAAAAUUACUGCGCUCAACCAAUUUAUUUAUUUAUUUUAUUUUUUUUGCCUAGAGCAGUGGAAAUUGCAAUCAGCCUUUUUCAGUGAGUCAAACUAAUUCACUGAAGAAUGCUGAUUGACGAAACAUUUGAUUAAUCUUGAUCUAUAUGUGCUUUGUUGCAUAAUAAAUAAUUAAUAAUUCAUUAAGAAGACAAGUGAGUGUGGAUCUUUUGUUUUUCAUUUGAAAGUAUUGCUUAUUAACAUUAACAUAAAUGUAAUUUAUUCUGGCAAUGAAUUUUCAGUAGCCAUUACUCCAGUUUUCAGUCACAUGAUCCUCCUGAAAUCAUUCUAAUAUGCUGAUUUUGUUAUUAACAUUAACAUUUCUUAUCAAAGUUUAAAACUGUUGUGCUGCUUAAUAUUUUUUGUGCAAAACCAUGAAACAUUUUUUCAGGAUGAUUAAAACUUUUGAUGAAUAAAAUAAAAUCUUACUGACUGCAAACUUUGAAACAGUAAUACUGGAACAAAAUCAUGUGCCUUUAUAAAGGUACCAGGGUUGACAAUUUUACAAUUUAAUUUAACAGUACAAGCCUUGUACUCAGGGAAGUGAAAAAAAAGUUAAAUGCUGAUAUUUAUAUCCAUUAAAGGUGUAAUAGGUGAUUCUCUACAGAAAUAUUUUUUGUUAUACUGGUUGAAAGUCUCCUCAUAUCCUACUAUGUUAAACGGUCUAAAUGUAUUUUUAUAAAUAGAUAUCACCUGUGGAAGGCGUAGCACCAUAAAAUGUUCAUCCAAUCAUAAUAUUCGGCCGAAUGAAAUAAUAAGAUGUCCUACCUGCCUGUCAACGUACGUUUUUACCCUCACGCACCCUGUUCACGUAGACAUCACACGUCAUCAGUGCGAUGCUAUGCAGAGUUUAUGCAAGAAAUUGGUCCGUCGGUCAUCACCACAAACAAACCUAGAUCACCUACUGCACCUUUAAUAUCCACUUAAUUUUCUUAUACAAGAUCACUGGAACAGGGUUGAUGUCAUGAGAUUUUAACUGGAGAGUUAUUUUUUGAAAGAAUGUUAUGACAGUGUUUACUAUUUUAAUGUAUGGGACAGUAAAGUUUUGUUUUAAUAAAACGUUAUGACAAAUAAAUCUAAAUAUAUGAGAGAGAAAAUACUAGAUUUAUUUCAAUGUUAAGUACUGUUUACACAUAUUUACAUGUGGGACACAAAUGAAACCUGUUUUGUAAAAUAAUAUAUGUUGUAUCUCUAAGUCAGGAUGAUGGGGGACAGACUGUUAGAGCACUCAGAGGAGUGUAAAGAUCCUCCUCAGCUGUUUACAUACUAUCAAGGUGACAUCAACACUGCCGUGGAUGAGCACUUCUUCCGUGCCCUGAACAAAGCCACCAUACCGAAAGACCUCAGCACUAAAGCCAAGGACAGCAACAGGACUCCCAAAUCUGAUGUCCCCCCGUCAUCAUCAUCAUCAUCACCAUGGGGUCUAACAUGGUCUAAGUCCACACACUCUUCUGGCUCCUCAAAGUUGACCCAAUUGACAUCCAUAGAAGCCUCACUUCCAUCCCAGGGAGUUAUCGUGAAUCCCUCAGGACUAUCAUCAUCAUCCUCCCUCUGGCCCUGUCCACCCAGACAGAGCACAGCCUUUGAACUGCCUCAAAUACUCUACCAACAGCCCGUGGCUGCUGAGAGCAGUGCCAGCUCUUACCUGAAUCUGUUACAAAUGGAUCGCCCAACAGGGGGCAUCAUGAUCUCGCCCUUCUCAAAAUCAGAUACCAGACCAGAGUGGAAUUCUGGGAUGGCCUUUAAAGAUGUAUCUGGAAGCAGGAUCGGCCUAGAUUCAGGUGUGCCUGUCUCAGAAAUCAAUAAGGAUUUGUACUGGUAUUGAAGAAGAGAUUUCUGGCUUUACUGUAUGACGAAAAUACAUUUUCAGCAUAAGACUGCCUGUGUUUACAUUAUUAUGUAAGCUUAAACUCAAACCAUCAAAAUCAUGGUGUCAGACAUUCCUCAGAAAUGAAUUGCUUCUUUUAGCCGUGAACAUGUAAAUAAGCUACCUUAUAUUAGGACAUAAGUGAGAAAACCUGAUGUUCUAAACUUUCUUUUUGUAUUGUAUGCUGUUUUGAAAGUUCAUAUUUGUACUGUAGUCUGUAAUUUCCGCAGUGCAAAAACUGUUGUCAUUUGACAAAAAAAAAAAAAAAAAAAAAAAAAUAUAUAUAUAUAUAUAUAUAUAAGUAACUAUAUUAAAUAUAUAUAUAUAUAUAUAUAUAUAUAUAUUUAAUAUAGUUACUUUUUAAAGGAAACUUUCUUUCUGAAAAAUUCCUCAUACCUUGGGGGACCCUUCAAAACCUCAUUUACAAGUGUGUCGACUCUUCAGAUCAGGUUACACAGAAGGCAAAGCAUAGUUCAUGCAAUUCUGAAAGUAAACUGACAUGAGCAAACCAAAAAUAAAUUUCCUCGAAAUUGUUCAAAUGUUAUUGAAUUUCAUCUUUACAAACCUGUUUUCUUAAAACCUUCACACUUUUUUUCCCUCAAGCAAUGAAGUAUUUCUCUGUCACAGUCCCUCACUUUUGAUAUAUGAGUAUGACAAAACAGCUAAAGGCUUUACACAUUUAUGAUGAAUUUCCUCAAUUAUUACCAAGAAUUGUAUACAGCAGUCUAUUUUCAGAUUAGACAUGACACUUUGUUUAAUAAAUCCCACAUAAAUAUUG